CGGGACCGACGCGCUCCGCAGGGCUGGACGGGCGGCGGGCGGCGGGCUGAGGGUGGCGUGUUGACCGGUCGGCAGCUACCGGGCUGCCUCGCUACCCGGAGACAGCCCGUCCACCCGGGCGAGCGAAGCUCUUCUCUCCACCGCCGCCCUUUCCGUCCUCGGAGCUCUCCUGGGAAACCUCACCUUCUUCCCUGGAGUGGGAGUCGAGGGGCGCGCUCGGCCCUCCUUUCCCUGCUCGUCCUCUUCAGCCUGCGCCGCGAGCGGCUGCCCGUCGGGCCCACCCCGCGUGUGGAACUGCACCCCUUAGCCCCAAUGCCGGGGCGAGGAGAGUCGAGCGGGUGCCGGUGGUUGGAGCUGUGCCGGUGUUCGGAGCUGUGCCGGUGUUCCCAGGUGGCGAGCGCGGCCACAGCACCGGGCGCUGUUAAGUUUUACGCGCGCAAGUCGCAAGGACUGUGUGGGAGUCUGUAAUGAAAUAUUCAAGAGUUGGGCAAGACAAGCAGAGAAGAAAAAUCAAGAAUGACUCAUGUUGUAUAAUAAAGUUCUUAGUAAUCAGAAGUCAAUAUUUUGUAACAUGGAAGUUCUGAUUCAAGAAGUUUAGAAGAAUGAAAUCUUAACGGAAAGAUUAGUUAAUUGUCAGAAUUCUUUGUGUGUUUUCUAGGUAUAAUUUGGCAUCCUGAGAGUCUGUCUUAGCAAGAAGGAAGUGGAAAAUACCCUUGAAAAGAAAACUAAAACAAAAAGGAAGCCAAACGUACUUUUACAUGGUUAAUUGCUCACUUGCCAAUAUGGACACUUUUCCCACGAUUUUUCCUUCUGGUGGAGACAGUGGGCUGACAGAUUCUCAAUCUGAGUUUCAGAAAAUGUUAAUUGAUGAAAGGUCACGAUGUGCACAUCAUAAAACUAACUAUCAGACUCUUAAAGCUGAACAUACAAGAUUGCAGGAUGAGUACAUAAAGUCACAACAUGAACUAAAGCGCCUGUUAAAUGAAAAGCAGACUGACCAGGAAAAAUUUCAUAUGCUGCUUGAAGAGCUAAGAGGGGAAUUAUUAGAGAAAGCUAAAGACUUAGAAGAAAUGAAACUGCAGGUAUUAACUCCACAAAAGUUGGAGUUGUUACGAGCCCAAAUACAACAAGAAUUAGAAACUCCAAUGAGAGAACGUUUUAGGAAUCUGGAUGAAGAAGUGGAAAAGUAUAGAACUGAAUAUAAUAAGCUUCGCUAUGAACAUACAUUUCUCAAAUCAGAAUUUGAACACCAGAAAGAAGAAUUUGCACGUAUUUUAGAAGAAGAAAAAAUAAAAUUUGAAUCAGAGAUUGCAAGCCUGAGGAAAGAUAAAGAAGAACUACAUGAUCAACUGCUUAAGGUUGAGCCCUCGGGAGACCGCAAACGAAUGGACCAUCUUCUUCAAGAGAAAUUUCGUUUGUGUCAGAAAGUAAAAGGUUUAGAGGCUGAAGUAGCAGAAUUAAGGGCUGAAAAAGAGAAUUCUGGUGCUCAGGUAGAAAAUGUCCAAAGAAUUCAGGUGCGGCAGUUGGCUGAGAUGCAGGCUACAGUCAGAUCCCUGGAGGCUGAAAAACAGUCAGCUAAACUACAGGCUGAACGUUUGGAAAAAGAACUACAAUCAAGCACUGAACAAAAUACUGUUCUAAUCAGUAAAUUGCACAAAGCUGAGCGGGAAAUAAAUACGUUGACCAGUAAAGUAAAAGAACUUAAACAUUCAAACAAACUAGAAAUAACAGACAUCAAACUGGAGGCAGCAAGAGCUAAGAGUGAGCUAGAAAGAGAAAGAAAUAAGAUUCAAAGUGAACUGGAUGGAUUACAGUCAGACAAUGAAAUUCUCAAGUCAGCUGUCGAACACCACAAAGCUCUCCUAGUAGAAAAGGAUCGUGAAUUAAUACGUAAAGUACAAGCUGCCAAGGAAGAAGGUUAUCAAAAACUUGUGGUAUUACAAGAUGAAAAGAUAGAACUUGAGAACAGAUUAACGGAUUUAGAGAAAAUGAAAGUGGAACAUGAUGUCUGGAGGCAAUCUGAAAAGGAUCAGUGUGAAGAGAAAUUGCGGGCUUCACAGAUGGCAGAAGAGUCGGCCAGAAGGGAACUUCAGAGUAUUAGGUUGAAACUUCAACAACAAACUGUGAAUAUUGAAAAUGCAGAGAAAGACAAAAAUGAAAAUUCUGACUUGAAACAGCAAAUCAGUAGUUUGCAGAACCAAGUGACCUCACUUGCACAGUCAGAGAAUGAGUUGCUGAAUUCAAACGAAAUGCUGAAAGAAAUGGUGGAGAGGUUAAAACAAGAAUGCCGAAAUUUAAGAAGCCAAGCUGAAAAAGCACAACUGGAAGUUGAACGGACUUUGGAAGGAAAACAGAUACAGUGGUUGGAAGAAAAGCAUAAGCUUCAGGAACGUAUCAGUGACAGAGAAGAAAAGUAUAAUCAAGCUAAAGAAAAACUGCAGCGAGCUGCGGUUGCCCAGAAAAAGAGAAAAUCUCUUCAUGAAAACAAAUUGAAGAGACUACAAGAGAAAGUAGAAGUGUUAGAGGCAAAGAGAGAAGAAUUAGAAACAGAAAAUCAGGUGUUAAAUAGACAAAAUGUUCCAUUUGAAGAAUAUACAAGGCUUCAAAAAAGAUUAAAGGACAUACAGAGAAGACAUAAUGAAUUUCGAAGUUUAAUUUUGGUUCCUAACAUACCUCCAACAGCAUCUAUCAAUCCUGUUACCUUUCAAUCAUCAGCCAUGGUUCCAGGCAUGGACCUAUCCUUUCCUCCUCAUAUGCAGGAGGAACAGCAUCAAAGGGAACUCUCUCUACUUCGCAAAAGACUAGAAGAACUAGAAACAACACAAAGGAAACAACUAGAAGAACUUGGCUCUCCUGGGGAAUGAUGUUCUUGGAGAAAAGG